CGCUGUGCUGAUGCGGAUGCUGCUGCUGCGCCGCAUAUCGCCACAUCGGCGCAGCUCAAAUCCGGGACGAGGACCACAUCCCAGUGAGGGGAGAUCGGCCGCUUGCUGCAAAGGGGAGACACCGCAUGGGCGUAGUCCGGUAUCUGCAUGAGGGCUGCAGGCAGAACCGCACAUCCAGGCCCGCAAUCACUGCGCUAGAAGAUACAGUGUGCUGCAGCUGGAGGCUACUGAGAGGCCCUGAGGUGGUGUGAAGGUUAUUGAUCUGACCAUCCAGUCGCCAUGGAGCUGCACCUGUUCGCCACGGCCUGUCUCCUCUUUGGCAGGAUAAUGAUAACUCAUCAAACUCACAUGAACUCAGUGUCCACGUUUCUGUUCACUCCUCGCGGGCCCCAGAUGUUUCCGUGUCUAACAUACCUGGAGCGAAACGUCAGGGUGGACUGUGAGUUUCCACCUACCUACCAGGUCCCCGGCCCCUACUGUGAGUAUCGGCAGGACAGCCGCCUGGUGGGCAGCACCUUCCCCAACACCGUCAUCUACGUGUCCACAGAGGACCGCAGGAGGAGCAACGUCAGCCUGGUCACUCCGAAUCUGUGCCGUCUCACCUGGGCCCCGCUGGCUGAUGAGAAGCCUUUCACCUACACCUGCAGGGUUUACCAGGGCAGCAGCUGGAAGGAGAACAGCAUGGCGGUCCAUCACAGGAUUCUUCCAAUCUGCUCUGCAAUCAGUGUGAUGUUCAAAUCAGCGCCAUGGUUCUUGUCUCUGGUCAUGUCACUCCCCAUGGCUGUGGGUCUCCUGAGUCCGUGAACUCUCACUUUCACACGGUACCGACUCAAUGGACCUUUCUUACAUGAUUUGUGACUCACUGUGAUUUGAUGGUUGGUGGUUGACUCUGUGUGGGAUGAUUUUAUUUUCUCUUAUUUUAUUUAUUCAGGCUCGGUGUCGAAGCCUUGAAACCCCCUCUAAAUAAAUCAGACUGGAUGAAAUCAACCUUCAAUUGAGCAUUGGGCUAUUCUUUAAAAACAUACCUUUUGUGGUGUGAAAGAUUUUAUAUAACAUGUCAAAAAUCAUUUUCACCACUGUACCUUGAACACCAUUGUUUCAUAAUGAUUUCAAAAUGGGAAAUAAAUCAUGACAAUAUAAAUUGAAAGACAUUGAGAACAAAUGCAACAGUGAAUGAACACGUUUUUAAUCCGUCGUGUUGAUCGGGUUACCUUUGUAAAUAAGAUGAACUGGGACUUAUUCAUUAAAACAAUCAUCAAAGUCGUCAAUGGCCGAAUAAAUAUACAUUUUGUGUUUUUUGUAGAAAAAAAGAAAAACAGAUGCUUCCUAUAGAUUUAUAUUGCGUCGUAUAUUAAUGCUCUGGACACAAAUGGGUUUGAUUAUAUACACUGGCAUUAAAAGUGGAGACCUUCCCUCAAACACUAAAGGAACACAGAGCUUUUUGAUUGGAUUUAUUAAGAUACCGACUCAUGAAAACGUGUCGGUCAGUUCACCCACUUCAAAAAAAAAAGUGGUUUGCUCAACUAUAGAUAUAUACUAUGCAACCCUGACAGGUAUUCAGGUGUCUGACGUGGCUAUUGAGUAAAAGUAAUGGAUAUCCCCUCAAACACUGUCUUUCCUGCUAGCGAUGCUAAUCUCUGAUACCUUCAGUACCUUUAAGUAGAAUUAAGACAUCUGUAUACUGGACCCCCCCUGGAGGGGGGGUUCACCUUGUCAUAGUCUC